ACAUUUGGAAAGGUAUACCAAUGAUCGUAAUGCCUUUUUUUAUGGAUCAAAAAUUCAAUACAGAAAUAUUAGUAGCUAAAGGCGUUGGCAUAUAUUUGGACAUUAAAAUUUUGUCCACGCAGUCCAUAUUACACGCAGUUGAAGAAAUACUUUACAAUGAAAGUUAUACAAAAAACAUGAAACAAUUGUCCACCGAAUUUCGGGAUCGGCCAAUACCACCAUUAGAUUUAGCUGUUUGGGGCAUUGAAUACACCGUCCGCCAUCCAAAUCUAACUUUAGCAACGCCGCUGAAAUUUCAGAGCUGGGUGGAACGAAAUCAGAUCGAUGUCUACGCAUUUUUGUUACUUAUUUUCUUCGCGAUAUUGUUAAAUAUAUUCUUUGUAAUUAAGUUAUCGAUUAAUUUUUUUUAUAAUCAUAUAUACACCAAAUUACGCAAGAGCAAACAAGCGUAAAUCAUAGAAAUAUUAACAGACAUUGCGUGUAGUAAUGUUAAUGUUUAAUGUAUUGUAAAAGAAGUAAAAUUAAUGUAGAUAUA